AAUAUCUGGAUUAGUUCCAUAGCUGGACAGGCUGCAAAAGUGUCAACAGUCGAAUCUAAUCGUUAGGGUUUAUACAGAUCUUUAACUGAACUCAAACCCCUUGAGACACAAGUGUCGAGAUCACCAUGUCUGGAGCGACAUGGCACCAAGCUUCAUCAUCUGAUGAUACAGAAUUCGAGAGAGAAAAGCAUGUUUAUUACAUGGAGAUGAUGUAUAAUCUUAUGCCUUCCCAUUACUCUGGCCAGGAGAUUAAUCGACUCACUCUCGCUUAUUUUGUGAUUUCUGGCCUUGAUCUUCUCAAUGCUCUUGAUCGUAUUGACAGGGAAGGGGUUAUUAGUUGGGUUUUGUCGUUGCAAGCGCAUCCACAAAAUGAAGCUGAUCUGGAUAGUGGUCAGUUCUUUGGAUUUCAUGGUUCAAGAAGCUCUCAGUUCGAAGCGAAUGAUAAUGGGGCCUCGAUCCCCAAUGGUAGUCACUUGGCAAGUACAUACUGUGCUCUAGCCAUUUUGAGGACUGUUGGCUAUGAUUUGUCAUCCAUGGACUCAAGAUCAAUCUUGAAAUCAAUCAAGAAUCUUCAGCAACCUGACGGCAGUUUUAUGCCCACCCAUAUCGGCGCCGAGACGGAUCUUCGUUUUGUUUAUUGUGCAACGGCCAUCUGUUCCAUGCUGGAAGAUUGGAGUGAUAUGGAUAGAGAGAAAGCCAAGAAAUACAUAAUAAGUUGUCAGUCAUAUGAUGGUGGAUUUGGGCUGGUUCCUGGUUCAGAAUCCCAUGGUGGUGCAACUUACUGUGCUUUAGCUUCCCUCCUGCUGAUGGGUUUUAUUGAAGAUGAUCUGAUAUCCAAAAGUGCAUCCUCUUGCGUUAUUGAUGUGCCACUACUUCUGGAUUGGAGCUUACAGAGGCAGGCAUGUGACGGUGGGUUUCAAGGUAGGGCCAACAAGGAUAGUGACACAUGUUAUGCUUUCUGGGUUGGAGGAGUUUUAAAAAUCAUAGGAGCCCAUAAGUUCAUUGAUCAGAGAGCAUCACGAGACUUUUUGUUAACAUGCCAGUCACAGUUUGGCGGUUUCAGUAAAUUCCCUUGCCAGCUGCCCGAUCUGUAUCACUCCUACUAUGGCAUCACUGCAUUCAGUUUGCUAAAUGAGCCUGGGUUGAACCCAUUAUGUGUUGCGCUAGGAAUAUCUGAUGCAGCUGGCAUUACACUUUAAUGUCGCUGGUUGUCAAAUAAUAGGACGUAGCACAGCUUGUUCACACCGAGAUUACCAAUACAGUGCGAAAGAAUCUUCUAUGUUUUCCUUAUUCAAUGUAAAUUUUCAAAUCCUGGAAAGAUAUUAUUUGCUGCUGACCAACUGUAUGAAAGUUCUGUUGUAUAAUAGUGGGACAGGAAGAAGUAUAUCCCCCAAAAUCAUUUUCAGCAUAUUUUAUAGCGAAUGUUUUAGAUUCUUGUAAUUUCUCACAGCUGACUUUACGAUUAAGAUGUGUUUAUUAACUAUAUAUAUAAUUUUUCCGGUAGCUUUCA